GUGGUGGCAGCCAUGCGCAGCUAAUGUCAUCGUUGUUUCAUUCAAACUCGAUUUUCUGUUUUUUGUUGAUUUAAAAAUUCGAAAUGGAUCGAAGUUUUAACUCGCCCCUUCUACCCAAAAGUCCGUUUUCACCGCGCCCCCGCGCCAGCCUGAGCACCAAAAGAGUCCUGCAAUCAAGCUUUCGCAAAUCAUCUCGUUUCAGCGUUUCAGGAAAAUCCACACAGUCAGUCCAAAUAAUAUUAUCAACACCGUACAACUACGUCGAGCGCUUUGGACAACCUCUGCCGGUAUUAAUUACAGAAGCGUUAACUUUUGCUGACCGAAGUACGGUUGUCUCGGCCCGCAUUUCCAAGCACGGCUACGCUUGGGUGGUGUGCGGCCGCCGCCUCCUCAUCUGGCAGUACCGCCAAAGCCCCGUUUUGACUGACACCCCUUCAAAAAAGAGCCUCUUGAACCAAUGCUUCGAGCUGCAGCUGCCCCAAAGCGACUUGGCGCACCGGGCCGAACUCGUGUCCGUUUUCGUGAGUUCGGGCUCGACUACGCCGUCGUGUAUUGCGGUAUCUCCAGAAGGGGUGGUGCGGUAUUGGCCGGCCAUUGUGCACGAGGGGGUGUCAGUGGAGCAACAUGUCAGUCUGCAAGGGCAAGAAUGCGACAGUUUGACUGACAUAGAGGGGUUGGGGUGCGUUUUAGCCACGACGACGUGCACGGUGGUGCUAAUACAACCACAGUUAUCGGGGGGUAGGAACACUUUGAAGUGUAAAACCUUGCGAAUACCGACGGGGUGGCUGGGAGGGAUUAGUAAAAGGAUGUCGAGUUUGAUUUUCGGGCCGAUUGCGAGCGAGAAUUCAGCAGAAAGUGGCAUUGUGCGGGUGUUGAGCGUACCCAGUGGCGACACCUGGGCGGUUUACGUCUUAGCAGACCACAACCUACAAAAAUGGCAAGUGUCGAAAAACGACACUGAAGAAUUAAUUUUCGUCGUCGAACUCAACCGAAUGGUGCGUGAUAGUUUUCGCAGCGCCCUCUGGGAGAACUGUGUGGGGGAUCAAACCGAAAUCGACACCUGGCUUCUGGAUAUUCAGUCAGAUAAAGACGGCGUUAUCGUUCUAGCAGCCGCUGUUAACAUCCCCAUCUCCCCUAGAGUCCACUACGCCAUGAUUAGUUUCCAAACUAAUACCAACCAAACUCCGACAAACAUCAAAGACUUCCUAAUGUUAAAAAUGACAGAUUUAUACCGCGAAAGCAACACCGGCGACUAUUUGUCAUACAGAUUCCUCUUGUGUGGAACCCACGCCUACUUAUACAACCAGAAAUCCAUCACUGUUAUCAAACCCCAUGAAGAACCAGAUAUUCUAGAGUUCAACACCCCCCAAGAUUUUCUCUUAGCGGGGUCCGUUUGCGUAAACACUGCCAUAUUUUUUUCGCGCAAUCACGGCCUCGUCGCCAUCUCGAGUAACGAAAUGGCGAACGAGCUGAACUUGAGCGUGGCAGGUGCGAACACCCCGGCAGAAACGUCCUUCAACGAAAGCAUGGUCGUCAAUAAUCUCUCGAUUUAUAAUAUGGACCCGGAGGAAAUCUCGAACGCUUGUAAAGACACUUUAAGCCAAUUAAAAGCCGCUUUUAUUUUCUACAUCAAGAACCAAGAAGACGCCUAUAAAGACAUCCUGUAUGAGCUAUUCCCACCCGACACCGCUAAAGUUCCAGGAAUCGAUCUUCUCAUGGAUAAAGUCGUGGUGAUGAUGUGCAAAGAUCUCGUCGACGACGUUCCCGCAGGUGACCCGCGGUGGAACAAAGACACGCCGCUGGGUCUCGGCAGUUCGUACUCGAUGCAAGUGCUGCACCAGCUCGAGGAUAAGCAAAAAGCGCACGCUUUGUACAUGAAGUUUUUGAAAGACUCGGGGCUGUGGAAACAGCUGGGGGCGUCCACGAUUCGGAGCACCACCAUGGCGACGGUGUACGUCCUGGGGGAGCUGGCGGAGAAAAUCGUGGCCGCGAUCACGUUCAAAAACAUGGCCAAUAACAAUAUUUUGGAAAAGGCGAUCGAAAAGGCGGUGGCCGAGUCUGACACAAGACCCGAGAACGGGUUGACUUUUCAAGAUGUGUUCUUCCGGGAGAUCACCCAGGUGCAUAAAGGGGUACAAGAAUUGGUGAAUUAUUGCGAGGAUAUUUCGCACUCGAAUAUGACUCCGGCGCAGAUUGUCGAGGUUAUCCACGAUACAAACGAAAUAGUCUUGGGGAUGUUGAUGGACGUGGUCAAAUAUAGGGAACAAAACUUGACGAACUACAAGCCAUCGGAAACCGUGACUGUAAUCGCGCCGGAUUUUCUACCCUGGACUGCGUCAAGUGGCUCCGAUGGUCUCUUCAAUUCACUGUCACAAAUGCAUCAUCACACCUACAAUUACGGAAUUAUUUUAACCAAUAAUGACCGUUUAAAGAACAACUUAUUCGAUCAACUGGUCGCCGUCACCGAUAUAAUUUUAGACGGGCGCAAAAGCCACCUGGAGAGCAUCAAAGGCACCCCCCUUGAAGCCAUUCUAUACAAACAGUACUGUGCCGAUCGUCACAAAUUUAUGAAGCCGUUCCUUCAGGAAAAACGAUGGGAAAGUUCCGCAAAACUCGCCGAAAAGUACCUAGAUUUCGAGACACUAAUGACAAUUUGCGAAGCCACAGGCAACCAACGGCGUCUCGACGACUAUUUGGAAAGGUUCGGCAACGACGGCUUUUCCGAAUUCGUGUAUAACUGGUUCCUCAAAGAAAACAAGCAAGGAAAACUGAUCGACAUGUGCAAGCACGUCGGGAAAACUAAGAACAUCGAAAAGUUGGCGACUUUCCUUUCGGAUCACCCGUCGUUGUCGUGGAUGCAGGAGAUUUUCGACAAAAAGUACAACCAAGCGGCGGAUACUUUGCGCAAGUUGGCGACGGACGAAGCCGAGUCGGUCACCCGACAAAAAACGAUGUAUAGUUUGUGCAAGUUGGCCAAACUGGCGUCGGGCAGUCACGAUUCGGACGACUAUUUACGAAACGUGGAGGGGAGGUUGGAUUUAAUCAGCUAUCAAGAGGACGUGCCUGACUACGUUUUGCAACAGUUUGGUUAUGACACCGUCCACAUUCGGGUGAUUUCGCCUAAAGAUUUGAUCCAUUUAUUCAUUUGUAAAGAAUAUAAAGAAGCCGCGGAGUUGGAAUUCAAGAAAGCCCUCGAUUUGUUGGCGUUUAUCGACGACGAAGAGCUUAGACAAGAGAUGUCGCUGAAGAUAUGGCGGUACGCGCUCUUAAGGGACAUGUGGGACCACCAAAACCUAGACUCCCCUUUGGAGAUUUUGCAAAAUAAGUUGUUCUUCAAACUGGUGGAUUUGGCCAUGGUUUUGAACGGCGACAGCUGGAACUUGCUGCCGCCCCUAGACACGUUGCUAGACGACGACUCGUUGAAAGACUUCCAAAAUAACACUAGUUUCCAGUUUUUGAUUAAAGCAGGUUAUGAACAUAUUUAUAGGAGUCAAAGUGUGGAAUGAUGUUUUUUUUCAAUAAAGUAGUUUUGUAUAAA